AUGAUAAGACAAGAACAUGCUGAUAGAAAUGUACCACUUGGCUACGUAUGCAUUACUAACACCCCAGUGGUGAGGACAGUUAAGCCAACAAAUGAUGAGAAAAAGACAGCAGAAGGGACAUCAGAUGACCCAGAGGGGCAAAAGAAGUCUCAAAAGGUACGAGAGAUACCAGGAAAUGUUAAUAUUGAAGGAGAACAGGAGGCGGCACAGAUGAAUCCCAAGGUGGACCCGCCAGCUCAAACGGUGACCCUGGCACAUAACGCCUUGGCGUCAGGAGGGUCGGGGUCCGUUGAGGCAGGCGGAGGAAACCUGAAUCCACAGAACGAAGACAAAAUGGCAGUCCCACCCAACCCAACACCCAGAAAACUUAGAGCAGAAGAGUGGGAGGAAGAGAAGGCAGAAAGAUCGAAAAGGAAGAAGACAAUAAUCAUCGAAGGACUGACCCUCAUCGAAAGGAAGAAGAAAGAGGAGCUAGAAGGAUGGCUAGAAGGAACAUUGGAGAUGAAAGCUAGAAAAACUAGACAGAGUCGACCCAGCAACUUGGAAGGCAGUAGUGCAAGAGUGGAACUCAAAAACAGACAGAAAGAAGUUCAGGCGUGGAUAAGAAGAGAGGCAGAAAACUGGAGGCUAUUGAAACGAAAGGUGCGUAUUGGUUAUCAGAAGAUUAACGGAGACGAGGAGGACAAGAUCGCCGCGAUAGCAGAAGGAGAAGGACUAGGCAGUGUACUUGACUAUGUAAUAGCCAAGUCAGAGGAGCAGGGAUUAACACCGGAAUGGUUCAAAGGGAUGAGAGUAGCAACUCAAGAGGGCUCAGACCAUUUACCCAUUUUCUAUAGGGUGAAAUGGGAGACCAAGGAGAGAUUAAAGAAAAUUGUGAAAAAAGGCAAAAAACAGAAGAGGCUGAAAUGGAAGGAGAAAAAAGCGGAAGAUUUCCGAAAAGAAUGGGAAGACAAAUGGAAGAGCAAGGAAGAAUUGAUAGAACCAACAUCAGAAGAGAGAUGGGCACACAUCGUCGAUAUAAUUGAAGAAACGGCAAGGAAAGUGGGAAUGACCACCGGAAGUAGACCUCCAGGCUGGAAAGAAGAAACUUGGGACAAAAAUGGUGAAUACAGAAACAUGAGAAGAAAAUUAUUUAAACAGUUACACAGAUUCAGGGAAAAACGAGACUGGCAAAAUAAACGAGCUUAUAUAACAUGUAAAAGAGAACUGGCAACCCUAAGGGACAGACUAAUCAAAGACUGGCUAAAGGAAAAACAAGCAGAGGUUGGAACAAGUAAAAACCUCACAGAAUGGUGGAAAGCAAUGAACUGGUACAGGAAAAAGAAAAAAGAAAAUCUUGCCGGUAAAAUUGGGAAGGAAAGAAUGCUUCUUCACUUCCGGACACUCCUGCAAGGAGAAAUGGAUGGAGGGGAGGAGGGUAGAGAAGAGAAUGAACAGAAGGAAGGGUCAUCAAACGCCACAACCAGACCAAGAGACACAGAAGCGACACAGAGCACCACAGAGGAAGAGGAGGCAGAAGCUGCGUUCGACAAGGUGGACAGAGAGAGGUUUUGGAAGAAGAUGGAAUCUAUGGGAAUUGACGGAAGGUUCAUGGAAAUGAUUAAAGAAAUCUACAGAUGUACAAAAAAUGAAGUGCUGGCAGGCGAAGAAAAAACAGAGACUUUCACUACAACCAAAGGAGUGAGACAGGGCUGCCCACUCAGCCCUAUCCUCUUCAACAUCUACCUGAACGACUUGGAACCAGGACUAAGAAGAAGAGGCGAUGGAGGCACAGGAAUAGGCCCAGGCUCGAAUACGAAGAUCUUUGCACUUUUUUAUGCGGACGAUGCAGCACUGAUCGCAGAAAAUGGGAAUGAGUUACAGAAAAUGUGGAACAAUCUUGAGAAAUGGUCGGACUCAAAUCUAAUGCAACGAACAGAUACACAAAACACAGAGAAAGCGGCUGGCAAAACACAGCAACUAGUUAAUAAAGUGUGGGGAGAGACGAGAAGGGCUGGAGUAACAAACCUGAAGAGGAGGCUCUAG